AGGAGAGAGUUUGGUGUGGUGGGAUGGCUUUGGAUAAACAGGACAACAAAGUGUUGAAAGGUUAUACCCACCAACCACCAUGCCCGACCCUGUGGUCCGAGACCAAAUAAACUCCUCUUUUUGGACUAUUCUUCUAUAACCAUCAUUAACAAAGAGCUAUUAUACCAAAAAUCACGGACUUACGAGUUGUUACAGCACCAAAGAUGAAGAUGAAGAAGAUGAUGGUUUACCUUUGGUGGGUGGUUUUGCUUCUGGUUCUGCCAUUUUCAUCUGCAGGAAGUGGAAUCAGCAGCACUAGCAGCUCCGUGUCUCAGCAGACUUUAGGGGUUCAGAAGCACUUGAACCAAUUGAACAAGCCUGCUGUUAAAUCCAUCAAGAGUCCGGAUGGAGAUAUUAUUGACUGCAUCCAUGUAGCUCACCAGCCAGCUUUUGAUCAUCCUUCAAUGACUAACCACACAAUUCAGAUGAGGCCGAGUUAUCAUCCAGAAAGGCUUAAUUUUGGAGAGAGCAAAGUUUCUUCUUCAAAGUCCAAAAGAGUCACUCAGCUUUGGCACACAAAAGGAAGGUGUCCAGAAGGAACUAUUCCUGUCAGAAGAACAAAACAAGAAGAUAUAUUGAGAGCAAGCUCUAUAAAAUCAUAUGGUAAAAAGAAGCAAAAAAGCUUUCCUCAACCAAGGUCUGCGGAUCCUGACCUUCUCAGUCAAAGUGGACAUCAGCAUGCAAUAGUUUAUGUGGAAGGAGAUAAGUUUUAUGGAGCUAAAGCAACCAUAAACGUUUGGGAACCAAAAAUUCAGCAGCCAAAUGAGUUCAGUUUGUCACAAAUCUGGAUCUUGGGAGGUGCUUUUGGUCAAGAUCUUAACAGCAUUGAAGCUGGUUGGCAGGUAAGCCCAGAUCUAUAUGGAGACAACAAUACUAGACUCUUCACUUACUGGACUAGUGAUGCAUAUCAAGCCACUGGUUGCUAUAAUCUACUCUGUUCAGGCUUUAUCCAAAUCAACAAUGAAAUUGCAAUGGGUGCCACUAUAUACCCUGUUUCGGGCUUUCAUGCAUCCCAAUAUGAUAUCAACAUUCUUGUCUGGAAGGACCCAAAAGAAGGAAACUGGUGGAUGCAAUUUGGGGAUGACUAUGUGCUUGGAUAUUGGCCAGCUUUCCUCUUCUCAUAUCUCUCUGAUAGUGCUUCAAUGAUUGAAUGGGGAGGUGAGGUUGUAAACUCUGAAUCUGAAGGCCAACAUACCUCUACACAAAUGGGCAGUGGUCAUUUUCCUGGUGAAGGGUUUGGAAAAGCCAGUUACUUCAGGAACAUCCAAACUGUUGAUGGUUCUAAUAAUCUUAGACCUCCUAAAGAUAUUGGAACUUACACUGAGCAACCAGACUGUUAUGAUGUAAAAACUGGCAAAACUGGUGAUUGGGGCAAUUACUUUUACUAUGGAGGUCCUGGUAAAAAUCCCAAAUGCCCUUGACCCCAUGAAUGCAAUUAGCAAAUUCAAAUGCACUUUUUAAGGUUGGUGGGUAAAAUUAGUAUAUGUGUAAGUCAUAUAUGUCCUCCUUUGCAAUAUUGUAUACUAUUAGUUUUAGGCUGCCAAAAUUGGUGAAUGUUUUGUGUUGGGAAAUUCUUGACUCCUUUUUUUUAAGCUUCUCGCUUAAAUUGUUUGUAGCAGAGUGGUGAUAUGUAACCCAUUAUUGUAAGUUUCUUAGAGCUCAAUGAUAAACAUCUAUUUUUAGAGUC